AUGAUGCAGGCCGGAUCGACUCCAGAGAGGAUUAGGUCCAGGACUCGCUGGUCGCAGCUUCGACCCCGCACCCUGUGUGCGUUGGCGUUCACCGUCGGCUCAGCAGUUGCAGGCGUGGCCGCGUUCUGCGGCCCCCGGAACGACAUCAGGCAGGCGCUGGCUCGCCCGCAGCGAGAAGUCGCUGUGCACCGCCCCGCCACAGCCACUCGGCCAGCCGAGGGCUCCAUCCUGGACCGGCCACCUCAGGUGCUGGCGGAAGAUGCGCUCAAGCUGCUGCAGGAGGUCGGCGAAGUUGCUGCUUCCACUGGCAUGGAGAUGGGCCUGCGGAGAGGACUACAGGCCGCACAGGCUGCUGCAGCCACCGCUGCUGAGGUCGCACGAAAGCCACCUGCGGAAUUGGACGAAGCGUUCGUAGCGCAGGUCUUGAGGAAGCUCUUCGAGCGGCUGGGUUCGACCUACGUCAAGCUGGGGCAGUUUAUUGCCUCCUCGCCGACUGUCUUCCCGGCCCCCUACGUCAAGGAGUUCCAGAGCUGCCUGGACUCGACGAGCACCGUCAGCUUCGUGGAGGUCAAGCGCAUCAUUGAGCGGGAGCUUGGACGGCCGCUGCGAGACGUCUUUGCCUACGUGGACCCGACGCCCCUGGCUUCGGCAUCGAUCGCGCAGGUCCACACGGGGCGGCUCCGAGAUGGUAGCGAGGUGGUGGUCAAGGUCCAGAAGCCGGGUAUCGAGGAGGUGCUCAAGACAGACCUUGGCGUUGUCUACUUGGCGGCACGUAUUUUAGAGUUCAUCAAUCCGGACCUUAACAUCCGCGGAUCAUUGGCGGACAUUGCCUCCGACCUGCGGCAGUCAAUGCUCGGGGAGCUCGAUUUUCGGGAGGAGCAGAAGAACCUGGACGUGUACCGCGACUUCCUGCAGGAGAACGGCUUGACGGCCAUCGCCGUCGCGCCGAAGCCUCAUCCGGAAGCCUCGUCCAGGCGCGUGCUGACCAUGGAGCGCCUUGCGGGCGUCCCUUUGGUGGACUUGGAGGGCAUCAAGAAGUACACCCCGGAUCCGGAAGCGACGCUGGUCAACGCGCUGAAUGUCUGGGCUCUCUCCGUGCAGAAGUGCGAGUUCUUCCAUGCCGACGUCCAUGCAGGGAACCUCCUGGUACUCGAGGACGGCCGGAUCGGCUUCAUCGACUUCGGCAUCGUUGGGCGGCUCUCGCCACAGAUGGCGACGGGCAUCGACAAGCUGAACACCGCGCUGGCCGCCAGUGACGCCAGGGGAAUGGCAAAUGCCCUGAUUUCCAUGGGAGCAACAGUUGGUGAGGUUGACGAAGAAGCCUUUGCAGCAGACAUCGAGAACCUCAUCUCCUCACUGGGGAGCACUCUGGACAACACCACUGACAUGGCGGUGGAUGAGUCCAAGAUCCAGGAUGUUGUCCUUGACAUUGCCCAGGUGGCCGGAAACAACGGCCUCAAGCUGCCCAGGGAGUUUGGCCUCCUUAUCAAGCAGUCCUUGUACUUCGACCGCUACACGAAGCUUCUCGCUCCUGACUUGAACAUGAUGUCCGACGACCGCAUCGCCAAUUUCGGCCAGGAGAAAGGGCAUUGGGUGGCGGCUGUUUUCGUCAAGCGUCUGGGCUUGAGAUCUCCUUCCUGGGUGGCGCCCAUUGCACAGUUCGUGGACGAGCAGUGCAUCAUCUUUGAGGAUGAGGAGGAGAACAAGCUGGAGUACACGGAAUGCCACAACGAGUUUCGUCAGCUCAUCGAUAAUCUGCUGGCGGCGCACCUACUGGAGUUGGACGUGACCAAUGAGCAGUUCGAGCAGUUCUGCCAGAGCGGGCUUUCCACGAAUUCGACACUGCACCGGGUCCUGGUGGAGCAGCUCUUGGCCGUUGAUGACUUCCUGAUCUUCAAGGCCAUGAUGACGAAGCGGAAUGGUGAUUUGUACCGAGAGGCCCAAAGACGCGUGGACGCUGGCCAGCUCGACGAGGAGGAUUUCCAGGAGACGACCGUGGUCGAUGACGAGGAGGAGGUGCUCGGUGACCUCGGAAAAAUGACGGUGGAAGCUUCGCUCGUUGCCGAUGAGUGGAAGCUGUAUGAGGAUCAACUCUUCCAGGCCCUUGACGAGUCUCAGAAGGAAGACGACGAGCUGUUGCGGCAGCGACAAAAGGAGGAGGAUGAUCUGGAACGGGCUCUGGUGCUCUCGCUGCAGAUGGAGGAGGAGAGGAUGCAUACCCUGGCGGGGGAGGCAGCCCAUGCCUCGCCAUCCUCGAGUUCGACGGCUGGCCAGGAGUCUGUGCCGCCUCCGCCUGUGCCACCUCCCCCUUCGGAGGCUGCCUCCGCCACUGUGGAGUCCGCGGCCGUGCCUGCCGCUGCGCAGCUUUCGGCGUCCUCCCUGGGCCCGCUGAGGCUUCGAACGGGGCAGGCCAGUCCUGCCGCGCGUGAUGCGCGUGGGGCCUAUGACCGGCUCUCGCCCCGGGGCAUGGGGGCCCAGGAGUUGGAUGCCUAA